AAGAAGGAGCGGUGUGCGAGCACCACGCACACAAGUGGAAGUGUGCGUGUGCGCGCGAGAGGGACGGUCGAGGCGAGAGCGGGACGGCGGCGCCAAUUACUAUCACCUGGCGGGCAGCUACCGCAUUACCCACUGCCGCCGCGCGCGCGACCACGCGCCCGCUGCACCACGCGGCUCGCUCCGCUCUUGUGACGCUCCGCUGGUACCCCGAGUCUGCACUUCAAUCGAUAUUCGCACCGUCGCGACCGGCUACCGUCGCGAGUGCACUCCGUGAUAUUCUAAUCGCAGCUAUUCGCUCUUCUCGGGGAUGCACCGUGAACAACUUUAUCCCGUAUGUUGGUAGUAGUGCUGCCGCGCGACAACAUGCAACUGUGAAGUGUGUGCGGACAGUGACACGAACAAUACGAGAAACGUGCUUAUUAAGUUUACUAUCAAGUUUCAUUGUGAAAAAUGACAUCCCAGUUCGCCUUCAGAGGAUCUCCUCCAAAUCAGAGCACCAUAUCGACAGCCUCCAACAGUCCGCCGCCGGCGCAAGCGGGAAUGAGCGGUGGUGCGGGCGGUGCAAGCGGUGCGGGGAGACCUAGCUCGCCGGCUGCGGGCGCGCCGCGCUGCUGUGAUACCGGCCGCACAAUAUUCCAAGACCCUAUCACUGGACAAACUGUUUGUUCGUGCCAGUACGAAUUUCUCAACUACCAGAGGCUGGCUUCAGGGGUGCCGCUGUCUAUGUACAGCGCCCCGUACUCCGACGCGGCAGCUGCUACAGCUGCUGGCAUGGCCGCGUACUUCCCCGCACUCGCUGCUGAUCAGCCACCGUUCUACACAAACGCUGCUCCAGGAAUCGAGCUAAAGGAGAACUUAGCAGCGAGUGCGGCAAGUUGGCCUUACCCUACAGUUUAUCAUCCUUAUGACGCAGCCUUCGCUGGAUACCCUUUUAAUGGAUAUGGAAUGGACCUCAAUGGAGCGAGAAGAAAAAAUGCUACCCGGGAAACAACUAGCACUCUUAAAGCAUGGCUCAAUGAACAUAAGAAGAAUCCUUAUCCAACGAAAGGGGAGAAGAUAAUGCUAGCGAUCAUCACUAAGAUGACGUUAACACAAGUAUCGACAUGGUUUGCCAACGCACGUCGACGACUCAAGAAGGAGAACAAAAUGACAUGGGAACCAAGAAACAGGGUAGAUGACGAUGACAAUAAUAAUGAUGAUGAUGAUCACAAGAGCAAUGAUGGAAAAGAUGCAUUAGAUGGAAAGGACUCCGGAACGGGCUCUAGUGAAGACGGUGAUAGGCCGCAACAAAGGUUAGAUCUAUUAGGUCAAAGAACGGAAUCAGAAUGGUCUGAAUCCCGAGCUGACAGUGGACCAGAGUCACCUGAGCCUUAUGAGCGGCCAAUUCAUCCAGCUUACCAGCAUUUACCUUCAAGAGCUCCACCGGGCAGUACUCCAGCGUCAGCAAAACCAAGAAUAUGGUCAUUAGCAGAUAUGGCGAGUAAAGAAGGUGACGCGCCGGCGCCACCUUCUUCCGCAUCUGCAUUUUACCAGUCAGCAGCUGCUGCAGCGGCCGCUCGCCUCGCCCAUCCUUAUGGUCGGCCGGAACUGUACCGAGGCCUGUACCCUCCAACCCAUCCAGCGGAUGUUGCGCUUUUGGAGUACUCCCGCUCGCUAGCAUUGGCUGCACCGGCACCCGCUCCCCCCGCGCCCUCACCGUCCUCUUCCUCAACAUCCUCACUGGCCGAGCAGCCCCCUCCUCCCCGCGCCUGACCACCAGCCCCCCGCCCGCCGCUGGCACAUCGACAAUAACCGCGAUCUCGCCCCACGGGAGCCACGAGGGCCUUUCACCUGUAAAUACCGUUUAAAGACUAAAAUAUAAAUAUGUAUACAUACGAUAUAUACGUGAUAAUAAUUAAUAUGCACCGGUAGAGAAGCUUAGAUUUGUGAUAGUGGACACAGCGCCCGCCGCGCCGUGAGGUUGACAACUCGCAAACGACGUCGGCGCUACGCCGCCGCGAUGCUCGCGGUGCCUGUGCGCCGACUGACCGACAAUACUAGGUGCUAUACAAGUUGGACCUUGCGACAUGUUGCUGUAGUUAUUAUUGGACGUGGUUAAUCGAGGUGAUUUAACUGAAAAUAGGUAUUAAUAUGUGUUACGUUUCUACUAGAUAAACAAACACUGUUCUAGACUAUUAUUUGUAUGUAGAUUGUAAAUUAUUAUUUUGAAAAUAUUCUCCUUAUAUUUAGUGCCUAAUUACGUCCAGUGUUUUUUCUAUUGUUUGAUAGUUUCUUAAAACAUCUAACAUUCGAAUUUUAAUAUUUAUUGAUACGAGGUCAGUAGUUCUAACAAGCUUUUAUUAUAAGUUUAUAAUCUACAAAUUAUUCAAUACACAAUUGUUGAGGAUUUUGAAAAAUCUGUAUAAAUAAUUUCUAGUCACAAGACUAUGAUUGUCUAUGUUAAAUAUUAAUAAAAUUACAAUAAUUACGUUUCAUUUGUUAUUGGACUCGUGUACAUUAUAUAGUUAAUUAGUGGUUGGAAUAAUAGGGCUGGCACAAAGGUUACAUCAAUGUGAACCUUAGAUCUCAAGUAAAGUAUGGAUUACAGCCUAUUUAGUUAUAAGGAGCUUAUACUAAUCAAUAUUUUAUUUUUUAUGGUUGAUAUUUGAAAUAAAAUAUUAUUUGUAUUUAAUAAUAAUAAAAUCUUUAUUCUGAGUUUACAAGAUUUGAUACAUAAUAUUAGUGUGGUAUAUAACAUAAUUAUAUAUAUAUAUAUAUAUAUAUAUAUAUAUAUAUAUAUAUAUAUAUAUAUAUAAACACACAUACACAAUUAUGUAUUAUUUUCUUUAGACAUCGGUUCUUCAGUCUCCUCUGUUUAUCUGCAACAUAGGCCUUCUCAAAUGAAUUCCGCAUUUGUCACAUAGAAAUAAGGAGUUUCCGUAUUUAUUAAAUUUUUUCACAAUUUGAAAACUACGAACAUGUGAUCUAUGGUCAAAUAAUCGUUACGGAAUCCAGCAUGUUCUCUUGGUAAGUUUUGUUAGUGGGUUUUCAUUACACAUCGCAAUAUAAUUAAAUAAAAAUGUUGAUUCCAGACAUAAGACUUAUUGGUCUAUGAUUGUUUAUUUCAUUACGGUCUCUUUUUUGUGUAUUAAGACUCUAGUAGAUAAUAACCACUGAUUAUCAUUUUAUUAUCAAAAAUUUUGUUAAAAAAAAUGGUGAGUGGAUCAGAUACUGUUAUUGUAGUCAUUUUUAGUAGUUCAUUUGAGAUUCCAUUAUAUCCUGGAACUUCAUUCUUCUUUGUCAUUAACAUUGUGUGUUCAACUUUAUUCUGUUGUAUUUAAUACUUAUAUAUUUAUUAUCGUAUAUUGAAAGUCCUGGACAUUUUUGCCAAACAUUCAUUCCAAACAUUGUCAGCAAUGUGGGACCAACGAAAUGUAAAGAAUUUAGAACUGAGAUGAAAACGUCUUGAAUAAUGACCAGUUUAACAUUUUAUGUUGAAACAUUUUCGCUUUAUAAAUAUUUUGAAAAUAUUUAAUAUUUUAAUGAAGAAUUUGAGUUAAUUUAUAACAAGUUAUAAUUAUUGUUUAAAUUCAGGGAUGCUCGACUAAUUUCGAACCUGAUAGAAUCUUAAUGAGCGCGGUCUACGGCUGUGUCGCUAGUAGUACUGCGCGACCAUGGCGCUGUUCGUCGCUGUACGCAUACGAUCGUAUAUCAAUAAACUGGUGGGUUACUCUUGAAAUAAAUGCCAAUAAAUCGAUAUUAAAAUUGACACAUUUCGUACUCUCGAAUUGCAGUACUAGCGGCAUAAUGGUUACAUAUUAUCCUGAUAGAUGCAUAUUAGUGUAACUUGCCAGUACAAAUUUUUGCAAACCGAUCCCAAUUCUUAUUUCUAACUCUGUUUCAUGAAUGCAGUAUAAAAUUGUCAUUGGCAAUAGAUUAGAUUGAUUUUGAUAUUAGAUUCAAGAGUACAUCCGCUGGUCGGAUAUCCCCGAAUUUAAAGCAUAAGUAGAGUUGAUAUAAAUAAUUACCUACAAUACAGUAUGAUCAUGAUAGUUUUAUUCAACAAUUAUUGUUUUAUUUUAGAUAAUAAUCACAAUAUAUAACUAUUAUAAAGAUAAAUGGAAUCAUCUAUAUUUAAAAACAAAUAAUACUCAAAGUAUGUGAAUAUAUAAUUAAAAAUGUAAUGUAAACAUGCUUCUGGCCCUGGUGGCUAAAUGAAGUGAAUCAGUGCCAGCCCUAUCUGAUAAAAUACAUUCAGUUCGAAAUGUUUGCCUAAGACUCAUCUCUCCGAGUAACUUGAAAUAACUUAAGUCUCAAAUGGCCUUGUAUUAUUGUAAAAGUUAAAUAAAUGUAAAUUUAUAUUUUCAAUUUGUUUCUAUAUAACUGUAAAAUAUUUUUUUCUUUUCAAUAUUGUAUGUAGAGACUGAAAGUCCAAAAUUGAGUCUAUAGUUUUGUACAUACGUCACUGUUGUAAGUAUAUAUAUUGUAAUAAUAACGUGAAUAUUUAAGAGAGGUAAAUGCAAUAAAUUUUCUGUAUUAGCAGUCCUUUGAUGUAAAUAAAUUCUGACGGAAGACGAGAUAUCUUCUAAGUAGCUAUAUAAACAACGAAAAAAAUUUCUCGAAGACGGAUGAUCUAUGAAUGGAGUUUUAUUGCGUUAAAAACAUUUCAAAACAAAUAGUUUUUGUAUUUAAAACUGUUACUUGAAAUUAACUCUUAAAUGCAUAUUUAAUUCUAAAAUCUAGGAACAUUGCUUCAUCUUAUGGACUAUAAAGUUAUUAUUUUUUAUUCCACAAUUUACUUUAUUUAUUUAAAUAAUAUUUUCUUUUGAUAGCUAAACGUUUUUAAUUGGACCCCAUGAAGGUGUGUGAAUAGAUGCAAUAAAAUUUAAUACAGAAGUAAUAAUUUUGUAUUUUUAUUUCAAUUGCCCUUAUUUUUUACGAAUUAAACACAUAUAACACGAUUUUAUACACGUAUUAUUAUAACCAACUUAAACAUUAUAUUAAUCGAUAAUCGGUAACUGUCAUUAAAGAAAUGAAAGCCAUAAAUAAAGAAGUAAUAAC